GCCAUGCAGGUGAGAAGAGGCACUGAGGAAAUCCUUGUUUGAGAUGGCACAGAUAUCUCCAGGAAAUCAAGAUGCUACCCCUAAAAAUGAACCAUCUGGUUCAGAGACUUGCAUUGAAUCUUUAUGGUGUGAUCACACAUUCAUGGAAGACUCACAAUUAAGAUCUAUGGUUGAGGAACAAGCUUUCCAAGUUUUGGCUCAGAGGUACUUUGUAAAAACCCAAAAUUAUGCAUUUCAUAUCUCAGAACGAGAUGAAGAUAAUGACUUUCUCUCCCUGAAUUUUCCCAGUAAGCUAUGGAAAUUAGUUGAAAGUGAAAAGUUUAAGUCAAUUUGGUGGGAUGAAGCUGGAACUGCCAUAGUCAUCAAUGAAGAAUGUUUUAAAAAAGAAGUUUUGGAAAGGGAGACACCUUGCAGAAUAUUUGAAACUAAUAAGAUGAAAAGCAUAAUUAGACAGCUUAAUCUAUAUGGAUUCAGGAGGAUGAAAGAAUCAUUUCAAAGAUCAGCUUCUCUUGCUGAUUUCUUGGCAGAAGAAAAUGGAGCCUCUGUUUUAAACAAGUUGCAGUUCUUUCAGAAUUCAAAUUUUAAACGAGGAUGUCCACAACUUUUACCAAGAAUAAAAAGAAGAUUCAGAACUAGAAAUCGUUUACCAGUAUCUCCUGUGUUAGUCCCUCAUUUUGAUGAGAAGAAUCCAACAACAAAAGAUAACAUGGAUAUAUUCAAUUCUAGCUUAGAUUCUGAGAUUGGUGGAGAAAAUGUUUCAAACCCUCCAAACCUAAAUAUGCAUGCAAGAACAAACUAUAACAUGCAUAGCCUAAAUUCUAGCUUAGUUUCAGAAAUUGGUGGAGAAAACGUUUCAAACUCUCCAAACAUAAAAGUGCAUGCAAGAACAAACUAUAACAUGCAUAGCCUAAAUUCUAGCUUAGUUUCAGAAAUUGGUGGAGAAAACGUUUCAAACUCUCCAAACAUAAAAGUGCAUGCAAGAACAAACUAUAACAUGCAUAGCCUAAAUUCUAGCUUAGUUUCUGAAAUUGGUGAAGAAAACGUUUCAAACCCUCCAAACCUAAAUGUGCAUGCAAGAACAAACUAUAACAUGCAUAGCCUAAAUUCUAGCUUAGUUUCUGAAAUUGGUGAAGAAAAUGUUUCAAACCCUCCAAACCUAAAUGUGCAUGCAAGAACAAACUAUAACAUGCAUAGCCUAAAUUCUAGCUUAGUUUCUGAAAUUGGUGAAGAAAAUGUUUCAAAACCUCCAAACCUAAAUGUGCAUGCAAGAACAAACUAUAACAUGCAUAGCCUAAAUUCUAGCUUAGUUUCUGAAAUUGGUGAAGAAAAUGUUUCAAACCCUCCAAACCUAAAUGUGCAUGCAAGAACAAACUAUAACAUGCAUAGCCUAAAUUCUAGCUUAGUUUCUGAAAUUGGUGAAGAAAAUGUUUCAAACCCUCCAAACCUAAAUGUGCAUGCAAGAACAAACUAUAACAUGCAUAGCCUAAAUUCUAGCUUAGUUUCUGAAAUUGGUGAAGAAACUGUUUCAAACCCUCCAAACCUAAAUGUACAUCCAAGAACAAAAGAAAACAUGCAUAGUCUAAAUUCCAGCUUGGUUUCUGAAAUUGGUGGAGAAAAUCUUUCAAACCCUCCAAACAUAAAUGUGCCUCUACUGAAGAAGCCUUCCACCAGCAACAGAAUUGCUAAUGCAACUGAUCUACUAAGAAGUGAUUCAAUUUCACUGUCUUUAGCUUCCAUUAGGCCACCAGAACAAACUGUAACACACCAACAUACCAUUUUACAUCAGUAUAUGCUUUCAAAUAACAGUCACACUUCAGCAAGUAGGCCAUCUGUCAGCUUUAUUGCAACACCUACUUGUCCAUAUCACAAUGUAUCUCUUGUUCAGGAGAGUUAUGCUCAAGUUAUGACACAACCUUUUAGGUGUUUGUACAGUUUUCCUGAUUUUAUAUCCAAUGAGUCUACUGUUUAUGGUCCAUCACCAAUGAAUAAUCCAUGGUUCUCAUUGCCUAUGAACACUGAUGCAUCUGCUACCCUUCCUGAAAGGCCAGGACAUCAGCAUUCUUCAGUGUACCACCAUCAUUUUAAUUACUAA